GAUGGAGGUGAAGGACUUUGGAGCCCCGUGGUCUCGGUCUGCAGAAGACAGCGCUGAGCCCCGCUCCUGCCUUCAGACUCGCAGGCCGACGGCAUGCAGCUCGGGACGGUCCUGCUGGCGGCUGUACUGGCCACUGCCCUGGCGGUGGAAGAGACCUGCGUGGGGCGCUGUGAUGGUGGUUUUGAUGCCAAGAAGAAAUGCCAGUGUGACUCCAUGUGCAAGUACUACCAGAGCUGUUGCAUCGAUUAUGACACUGUCUGCCGCCCAAAAGUGGUCCGCGGAGACGUGUUUCAAGUCCCGGAAGACGAAUAUGACGACUACAGCAACGACACGGUUUCUGCCAAGCCGGAGGAGUCUGGGGGCCUCCUGAACCCCAACACCAUCAAGCCUGCACCCACAGCGAUGCACAUGGAGAGCAAGCCGGAAACAAAGCCCCCCCCCACCGAUCCCAGCCCGCCGGGCCCCGGAUCCGAGACCUGCAGCGGGAAGCCAUUCGACGCCUUCAUGCAGCUCAAGAAUGGCUCCAUCUUUGCUUUCCGAGGGGAGCAUUUCUACGAGCUGGAUGAGAAGGAGGUGAGGCCGGGGUACCCCAAGCUCAUCAAGGACGUGUGGGGCAUCGAGGGGCCCAUCGAUGCCGCCUUCACCCGCAUCAACUGCCAGGGCAAGAGCUACAUCUUCAAGGGCAGCAAGUACUGGCGGUUUGACGACGGCUUCCUGGACCCAGACUACCCGCGGGAGAUCUCCGUGGGGUUCGCCAACAUUCCCGAGGAUGUGGACGGCGCCUUCGCCCUCCCCGCUGCCAACUACUACAGCAGAGAGAAGGUCUACUUCUUCAAAGGCGACCAGUACUACCAGUACGAGUUCAGACAACAGCCGUCCCAGGAGGAGUGCUCCAGGAUGGCCCCGUCCACACUCUUCACCCGCUACACUGCGCUGAAGAUCGACAGCUUCGAGGACCUCUUCAGCUUCCUCUUCCACAACAGCCCCCGCCCAGGGCAGAGCAGCAGUUCUGGCCCGCGGUCCCUCGAGAAGGACUGGGGGGGGAUCCCGGGCCCCAUAGACGCCGUGAUGGCCGGCCGGCUGUACGUCACCCCCAGGGGCCCGGAGGCCCAAUCCAAGACGCUAUCCAAGUGGAGAAGCAAUGGCAAAUACAAACGGGGCAGGCAGAGGCAGAGGCAGAAGCAGAGGCAGAGGCAGAGGCAGAAGCAGAGGGGCCGAUUCAGCCGCUCUCCCUUCUGGGACAUAGUGGAUCAGUUCUGGCUCCCAGACUACGGCCAGAACGAGGAAACCGGGCAGGACCAGACGAGGCAGAGAGGCAGGGGGCAGCAAGAGCCCGACAACUAUAACUACGACUUAGACCCCCUGGACUUCACCUACGACGCGCUAAGCAAGUGCCAGCCCGUUCAGAGCAUCUACUUCUUCAUUAAAGAUCAAUAUUACCGCGUGAACCUACAGACCAAGAGAAUCGACUCUGUGACGCCGCCGUACCCAAGAUCCAUCGCCAAAUACUGGCUGGGCUGCCCAGAAACAGACCUGGCAGAGAAGAAAUGAAAGACAAAACUAUCCCUGUCUCAGUAAUUCUAAAAAAUAAUAAGCCAUGUGUUUUGGAAAAUACAGAAGGACUGAAAUUGCAAAUAAUGGAAAUAAUAGGUAAUCUUUGUAAUCUAAAGAGGUACAAAGUGAAUAAUGGGAGAUGCUGCAAUAUAUUUGGCUCGUUACAUUUAUUUUACAGAUUGGCCUCUGGUUAAAUAAACAAUUUCAGUGAAAUAAAACCCCCUUCUGCAGCUCAA